AUGAUGACAUCUCCAAGGUUUGCCGUCUAUGUGACAUGUUUGUUCUUGUGGAAAAUGGCUCAUGCAACUGAUCUAAAAUUGUCGUCACCUGUGCAUCAAGAAAGAGAAUUUGCAUCAGUCGAUGUUGGAGACAACAUUACUUUGCAAUGUUCCUAUGGGACUAAUCUUGGAACACGGCUUAGCUGGUAUAAGCAAACGCUGGGACAGAGACCAAAGCUGGUUUCCAACUUCUAUCAGUUUGACGUAAAUGGCACUUUUUAUCAUGAAUUUGAGAACAAUCCACGCUUCACAAUGCAUACGGAAAAAGGUCAUAAUCACUUGACAAUUAUUGAUUUGAAAAUGUCAGACACAGCAACUUACUACUGUGCACAUAGCGCUUUAUAUGCGGUGACUUUUGCCGAGGGCACAGUUGUCAGUGUGCAGGGUUCAGGUUUGACCGUCCCAGCUUUGCUCCUUCAGUCACCAUCAGAGACCAUCCAGCCAGGAGGCUCUGUGACUCUGAACUGUACAGUACAAACUGGGACCUGUGAUGGACAACACAGUGUUUACUGGUUCAAAGACUCUGAAGAAUCUCAUCCAGCACUCAUUUACACUGAUGGAGGCAGCACUGAUCAGUGUGAGAGGAAACCCAACACACAAACACACACCUGUGACUACAACCUGCGGAUGGAGAGCCUGAAUCUGUCUCAUGCUGGGACCUACUACUGUGCUGUUGUCUCCUGCGGACACAUUCUGUUUGGAAACAGGACCAAACUGGACUUUGAGGAUGAUCUGGUCUCUCCUUUCUUUUUCUAUCUCUUAAGUGGAUCUUUGGUAUUCAUCAACAUCCUAGUUGUUUUACUGGCUCUUUCAGUGUGCGUGAUGAACAAGACAGACAGCUGCCAAAGAACAGAAUCUCAAGCAAGAUAUCCAGCUUCUUCCACGGCAAAUGCAAAGGGUUACCAAAACAAAGAAACCCUGUAUUAUUCAAGUGUCGAUCUGUACAUCAAAUCAAGAAGACAGACGGAUCAGACCUGGAGUGAAUGUGUUUACUAUAGCGUGAGGCAGUAAAACUGGACAUAUGACAAGUGUUUUUCUUUUCAACUUUAUUUUUGAUUGUUAUAUAACUUGAAGAUAAAUAAGAUUCUACUUGCUCUGCAGACAAUAUGA